AUGUACCUGAUCACUGGGUUUGGAAACCUGCUCAUCAUCCUGGCCAUCACCUCAGACUCCCACCUCCACACUCCUAUGUACUUCUUCCUCUCCAGCUUGUCCUUUGUAGACAUCUGCUGCACCUCCACCACCAUCCCGAAGAUGCUGUGGAACAUCCAGACCCAGAAUAAAGUCAUAACCAGUGAAGGCUGCAUCAUCCAGAUGUACUUUUUCUUACUUUUUUCCAGACUGGAUGUCUUUCUCCCGACCGUGAUGGGCUAUGACCGAUAUGUGGCCAUCUGUUACCCCCUGCACUACAUGGUCAUCAUGAACCCCUGGCUCUGUGGACUGCUGCUUCUGGUGUCUGGAUCGUUAGAAAGCUUAAUGGUGUUGCAACUGUCCUUCUGUACAGUUUUAGAAAUCCCUCAUUUUUUCUGUGAACUCAAUCAGAUGAUCCAGCUUGCAAGUUCUGACACCUUUCUCAACAAUGUGGUGAUGUACUCUGGAGCUGUGCUGCUGGCUGGUAGUUCCCUCACUGGUAUCCUCUACUCUUACUCUAAGAUAGUUUCCUCCAUAUAUGGAAUCUCAUUAGCUCAGGGCAAGUAUAAAGCAUUUUCCCUCUGUGCAUCUCACCUCUCACCUAUCUCCUUAUUUUAUUGCACAGGCUUAAGUGUGUACCUUGGUUCUGCUUCUAUUCAUAGUUUAUACUCAAAUGAAAGAGCCUUGGUGAUGUACAUUGUGGUCACACCUAUGCUGAACCCCUUCAUCUACAGUCUGAGAAAUAAAGACUUAAAGAGAAGUUUGAAAAUGUCCUUUGGAAAGUUAAGUAUAAAAGGUCUUAUUUUCCUAGGGCUUAAGAAGUCCCCUUGA